UCACAAGACAAUUAGAAAUGUUUCCUACAUUAUUAGUCCUGCUCUCAGUGGCAACUUUCGGUUGCGCAUUGCACUUGCCGGUUGACCCAGAAUUUCUAUUGAAAAAAGGACCAAUCAACAAUCGCAUCGUUGGAGGAGAGUUCACACGAAUAGAGACAAUACCUUGGCAAGUGUCGCUGCAAAAAAGAAGGAUCGCAUUAUUGUGGUGGCGUUAUUUACAACAAAAACAUCAUUAUAACAGCCGCCCAUUGUGUUCACAAAGAUUAUCCGAUGAUUUAUGAUGUGCGCGUUGGCAGUAGUAUAUCUAACAAUGGUGGAUCGGUAAUUAAAGUUGCCAAGAUUACCGUGCAUGAUCAUUACAUAAAUAUAAAUAACGAAAUAACGAAAUAUGACAUCGCCCUGCUUUUGUUAAGUUCGCCCCUCGAAAUGGGUCCAGCUGUCAAGGCCAUUCAACUGGCAGACUCGGUUCCUAAUGACGGAGCUGCUGUGCUUGUCUCUGGAUGGGGAAAAACAGAGACCGCAACGAUUGCAAAAUAUCUAAAAAGUGUCUAUGUGAACAUUGUAAAUCGCGAGGAGUGCGUCAGGAUGGAUGGAGUGCUUAUAAAAGCAACAAUAUGUGCUGCUUCCCCUUGGAAAGGUGCGUGCGAUAAAGAUUCUGGUGGCCCAUUGACUUACAAUGGUACACUUGUGGGCAUUGCUGUUUUGGCGCCUAAAAUUUGCGGUAAUCCCAUACUUCCCAAUGUCUAUACAGAUGUUGUAGAGCUUCGCAGGUGGAUCGAAGAGGAAGCCAAAAAACUAAGCUCAACAUGAGACAUUUACGAAUUAAAUUGCAAAAAUAAACGUAAAAAUUAACAUUAAA